ACCAUUUAAAAAUUACAGACAAAUAAAAAAUAAGCUUACAGAAGAAAAAUAAUUAUAACAAUGUUUUUAAUAGCUGUCUCUCCUCAUUAAACCCUCAUUAAUAGCUGUGUCUCUCUCUUUACCCGCUGUCGUUAUGGUCGCGCCGCUGCUCGCCGACGUGUCCUCUGACCUUGAAGCGAUGGAGAAAGCCCUUUUCACCGAAUCAACCCUGAGUCAACUCGGUUUCCCUAACGAGUUCCCUUACGAAUUCGACUCGUCCGCUUUCACUUCCCCGGGAGACUCAACAGAGACAGAAGACGAAACAAGCGAAGAUGAAGAUGACUUCUUUGCCGGGUUGACUCGCAGACUCGCUCUCUCAACUCAGCGCCUCCCUUCUCCUCCUCCUCCCUUCGUCAAAGCUGCUGCCGAGGUGAACUCGACCGAGUCAACUCGGAGUGGACUCGGGAGCUUGACAACCUCUGGAAACAAAAGUCCCAACGGCCCUUUCUCUCAAGCCCCUUCACCGCCGGAGUCUCCGUGUCUUGAAGAAGACUCUUUGAAAGUCAUAUCUGCUGCAGCUGGAGAAGUCGCCAAGAUCAAAAGGGCAAAUCUUGAUUCAAAACGCCCAAACCCUAAUCCUAACACCCUCAUCCCCGUUCCCCAAAACGCAGCGUUUGGUAGCUACUACUACUGGCUACAAAUCUCUCACUAUCAUCAAUCUCCGGUUAGAGGCGUUUUCGCCACCACAGCAGCCGCCAAACAACCGUCUGUUGGUACGGGCGUUUUCCUUCCCCAGAAUCACAGAAACCCUACAGAUUCCCGUAAGAAAGGAGGAGGUGGAUGUGUUAAGCUCCCGACAAAGGUUGUUCCGACACGACAUUCUAAGAUUGAAACAUUCUCUGGUCGGUGUAACUCACGUUCGCAAGCUCGUCCUAGUACUAAUUCGAACAUUCCCAACCUCAGUUCCGAAACUCACUUCCCAAAGCUGCAGUAGUAACGGUUGCUGGCUGAAGGAAGGAAGAAAGACAUGUUCGACAAGAAUGGAUGUACCGUAGGAUUCAGGACUUGAAAGAAAACAGAGAUGGUCGUAGUUAGUGUGGGGUGAAUCGGAUUGAAAUUUAUUAGUUAUUGGUUAAUUUAUAUUGUUGAUUCGGAGAAUAACAAAGAAGGGUUUAGAUAAAUAAUUUUUGGUGGCCUUGGGAGGAAUUUUCAGCUGCUCUUCCUUGGGUGAAUGUUAUGUCUUUGUAGUUGUAGUUGCAGCAACAUAGAGGAUGUGUUGGGAGUACUUUAGGGUGUUCUCUGCUCUUUUUCGAAUCUUUGGGGCUGAAUAGACUCUGUAAUUUUUGUUUUGGUUGUUUGUUUUGAAUAAAUGAAGCAAAGUUGUAGUGAA